CAAUUAAAUUAGAAUAGAAUUAAUUACAUUAAAGAAAAAAAAAAAGCCAGGUGUUCUCCUCGGGGGAGCGCGCCCGGCGGAGCCCCCGCUUCCAUCAGCGCAGGACUGAUGGAAAGAACGAAAUACUGUGUGGAGGAUCGGCCGGAGUGGCAGAGCCAGUCCCGGAGAAGUUGGUCUCUUCGCAGCAACACGCUUUGGCAUCUUUCUAUCCCAAAACGUCCUCAUGACAUAAGGACAAACGUCCAUCCCUGGAGGUGUUCAAGGCCAGAUAAAAGAUGAAAGCAUCAACCAUGCUUGACAGCAAACUUCACAUAAUCCGCAAGGGGAACUGAAGCAGAAAGCAAAGCUGAGACAAAGCCACGUCUGACCUUGUCACUGGGGGGCAGAAAACAGCCACUCGUUGCCACUGUUUCUGCUGGUUCUUCAGUCAAACUCCCCGUACAGUGUGGAAUUGCAGAUGGCUCAGGAAGUACAAGUUCUUUCCAGGUCCGUGGGGUGAAUAAAAAUUGUAAACUCUUGGCUUGAUUUGUCAUCCUUUGGGGCAAAAAAAGAGUAAUGUCAGACUGGCAAUUAAAUAGUCAUGCUGUUAGACCGAGCACAACUUGAAGUGGGCUGUCCCGGAGGUGAGAGCGACUGGACAGCAAAGAGGAGAAGCCUAUUCGAACUUCACGUCUACCUGAGAUUCCUUGGAGAGGUGAUAAAAUGAGUAAUAAGACAAACUGGGAGUUAUAAAGUGGGUGCAAUAGCUUCAGCAGAACUUCUCUUCACUGCCACAUCAGCUCAUUAAAAAGCAGCUAAAAAUGUUUUGAAAACAACCUGAGGAAAAAAAAAACGCACUCUGAGCAUCUCUUCCGUUCUCAUGUCUGAUACGUUAAUCAAGAAAAUCAAUAAUAUAACACAAACGAAGGAGAGAAGUGAAUAUGGCGAAGGCAGCUAAGGAAAUUCAAAUGGAGAACACAAGAGAGGUGGAGACUCAAAGCACAGGGACAACAUGCUCCCCGUUGGAGGAACAGGCAGAAAAACCCUCCAUGCUCUGUUUUAAGAAGCGGAAGAAGUCCUGUAAGAAGGGGCUGACUGUGAAAGAUGCAUGUGAAGGAGCCUCAGAGGAGAAAAGCCAAUGUGUCAGUGCUGACCAAGGGGAGACAAAAGCGUCUAAUCAGCUGCGAUCCUCCAAAGGAGCCUGGGCAGCCAUCAAAAAUCUCACAAAACCUCGGAGAAGGCAAAAGUCCACCUCACGGAAGAAGGUGCCCUCUGAUUCCCAAGUGCAACUGGAGACGGAUGCUGAGGAGGGCUGUGCAGCGGGUUUCCCAAAGAAACAGGCAAGCUCUGGGGUGAAGAUGCCCUGCAUGCGGUUUUCCAGAGGCAAGAAAAAACCCAGCCUCUCUGAAGCAGCGGAGGAGUCAGAGGGCAGUGUUCAAGCAAAUGAAGUGAUGGGCAUUUUGAAUAAAGCUAGUGAAGACCUGGAGGAUUUGACCCCGAUAAACAAGCCUGAAUCCUUCAGCCCAGCCACUGCAGAAGAGGACCAGGAUAUGGUGAAGGAAAGCACUGACUCUGUUGGGAAGAGUGAGCCCUUGACGGAGCCCACACCUGAUGUAGAGGAACAUACGGAGUGCACUGCUCAGUUGGAGAUAACCGAUUCAGAGACCGUUAAUGAAGCACCUCAGGAAAAACAGCAGGACGGAAGCCUCCCCCAAACCACAGCCCCUGCAGAAGGCAGGGAAGUUGUCCCCGAAGCGCCCAUUUCCAAGGAUCAGCGUGACAGCACCCCUGAAACCACUGAGCAGCAGGAAAUCCCUGACAUCUGCCAAGAACUGCCUGAAGAUGAAUCAGAAAAGGUCAUAAAUCUUCCUGAGGAGUGCAAAGCUGAAGAGACUGUAACAGAUUUCAGUCAGUCAGCAUCAAAAGAUGAUGCAGCGAGCGUGCAGGGCUGCUCCGGCCAUCAGGUGACGUUAGAAGCAAACACGGGCAUUGGCGUCAGCAUUGUCAUUACCGUCACAGAAGCCGAGGACUCUGACAACACCGACUCUGACCAGGCCUACGAGCCGUCCCCAGUUUUGCACCGAAAUAAGCAAAAAGGGAAUAAAAAAUCAAGUGGGAGCUUUGAUUUCGGUAAAAAAGAGGGCGCCGAGGCUAGUGGCAGUCCCCAGGCAGAGGAGAAAGACCAGGGACACAGAACUGGGGAGCAGUAUGAAUUGCUCCUCAUAGAAACCGCGUCUUCCCUUGUGAAGGCGGCCAUUCAGUCAUCCAUAGAGCAGCUGGUCAACGAAAUGGCUCUGGAACAGAAUAAACACAACAGCUUUCUGUGAUGGCCGUGAUGCCCCCGAAAUAAAAGUACAGGGAGUGAUUUAAAGCUCCGUUUGGCCUCGGGGUGUGUGGAGAGCUCGGAGGGCUCCCAGGGCUGAGGUGUAGUUCGUUCUGCAUGCCUGUUCAGUUGUGUGUCUAUAUGAACCGGAUCCUGGGACAUGGGGCAGACCCUGCCGCGUACAGCGCUUCAGACAGCGCCGGCGAGAAAAAUGGAGGUGUUGCAGUGACUGUUUCAUUUAUUGGCAUCUUUAUGUUGAGGCCAUGUUUCUGCCGUCACCCAUGCCAGGUUUCCCUGCUGUUCAUGCUGUAGCUCGGGAUGUACCAUGCAUUUAGUGCAAGGUCCAGAGAGUGCCCAACCCACUGCUGGGCUGGAUUCAUUGGACAUGGCUGGAGGUUUGUCCUGGGGUUUGGCAGAGAUGAGGGACGGUGAAGUGACUGCAAUGUUAACAUGAAGACUAUGUUAAGACGUCACUGCUAGACAGGCUCAGGCCAGCGUUUAGUAUUGCAAACGGGUACUUGCUAUGCACAGAUGCCAGAAACAGCGGUCACCCCUGCUGUCGCGUCGCAUGAAGCUGGAUGGUUGCAGCGAGUGGCAUUUUUCAUUCGGCUUCUUUCCCUGUCACAAGCAGCCUCUGUGUUUCCAGACAGCAUCAGCCACUCACCUUGCCGACCCUGGGCUGCGUGAACGCCAAGAAAAUGACAUUGUUUUAUUUGCCAGGGGCACAUUUCUCGCACCAUUAAGCUCAACAGGCAAAAUCCCCAGCAGCACUGGUGGUGAGGGCCGAGCAGGAGUGUGCCUGCUGCAGGCAGCCCCUCUCCUCCCUUCGCCUUCCUCUGUCUGAAUCACGAUGUUGUGGUGAAGCUGUCCUUGGAUGUAGCCUAUUUUUUUAUAUAUGGCAUGUGAUAUAAAUAGCAGUGAACCGCAUGUGUGUUAGCAGUCAACUGUUGCUUUGGUUCUUGAUAUAGUUUGGGAGCUGCGAUGGGGCUGCCGGUACUGGAAUUGCUUUGAUUGGAGAGGAGAUUUGGUCCGAGCGGUGUUGGCAUCCCCAGGUGCUGAGGGCAGCCCGUCCCCCCCCGGCCACAAAGCUUGGCCGACUUCAGCAAGCUGAGCAUCCCCUGGGAAAUGUGCAUCACGCCUGGCUCGCUGCUGCCGGGCUCCGGCUGGCUCCAACAUGCCACGUAGCUUGCUCUGAAGCAUGCAGGGAAAUGCCAGAGUGAUCUUACUAAAGUCCUCAGGGAAAAAAAAAAAAUCUAGACGUGAGGUACUGGGGACACGGCUGUAAAAUGUGUGGCCAGAUCAAUCUCCAUCAAAACACCCAAACUGCCCGGCUCCAAGGGGGUCUGCACCAGCGUAGCGUGUGUGCGAGCAUCGCCUCCGACUACCAGCUCUCCAAGAGAAAGGCGCCUUUUAAUAAUUUGGGAUUGCAUCUGCGCAGCUGGGAUUUAUCUACAGCUGCGGGCGAGGCAGCCUGUUCUUCUGAGAAAAUUCUCCUGCGUGUUUCUCAGUUGAUACAGAAAUAGCAGCCUUGGCUUGGCAAUUGCUCACUGACCAUAGGCAGCACGCUGAGAUUUCCCUUCCCAGUGUAGGAUUUGGAUUCCUGUUAAAACACAAGGGCUGUGAACUUUCUUAGAACCCGGUACGCAACCACAUUUUAAACGUUGAUAAAGCAUCUCUGUUGUUACAAGAGGACUGUGAGCGCCACAGCUUGUUUCUGUGCCAGCAAAACUUAAGAAAAAACAGAAUGCUUUAAAAAAAAGAAAAAAAAGUGUUGUCUUUUUCAGUGAAUUUAUUUAAUAAGCUAUCAGAUAUAUAUAAUUCAGUGUGUAAACUUUUAAUGACUUUGUACUUCAUACUGGUCCUUCCAGGUAUUUUGCCAUAGUUUGGAAAGGGACUUUUUAAGGACUUUUAUAUGUCCAUUUGGAGCUGCUGCAUCACCCCAGGAAGGGCCAUACCGAUGCUGGAGGUUGCUUAUGGGAUCGCUGGGCACCACAGCAAGCUGGUGCUGAGCAAAGGGCCACAGCAUCUCUGUGGAGCCCUGCUGGUGUCGGCUCCGGAGGAGGAUGUCCAAGCUUUAUUAAAGAAACAAAAAACAAUCCCAUGGGGCCAGGCUGUCACGUUCUGUCAGUCCACUAAAAGCAGUUUUGGGAAGAUUUCUUGUAUUUCAGUAUUGCCUUUUAGGUGAAAUGUCUUCAAUAGAAGAGGAGAAUGGCAAAAAUGCUUUGGCCCAGCCUGGCCCCUGCAACCGUUGCUCCGCAUUCAGGGCUGUGUUUGCAUCCUUUCUCCAGCUGAUUUUUUCCCUCAGUUAUAGCUGUACAUAUAACUGAUGAUUAUUACAUUAAAGUUGAAUGUACCCAUUGUUUUCUUGCCUUGUGAUUAAGCGGGCAGCUAUGGAGAGCUUUUAUAUAUAAAAACAUAAACUCACGGUGGUGUUGCGUUGUGUCCAGCUUUUUCAGGCAGCCCUAUGGUGAGCAGAAAGAAAUCUUUGAGUUGGUAGCAAACCUGAACUCUUUGGAGGCUUAUACAUUUUUAAUACUAUUAUUACUAUUUAUUCUUUCAGGUUUACAGGAUGGGUUUAUAGAUUCAUAACAGCUCCUAAUGACUUAAUUAAGACUUUUUACUCCUUCAUUAUGAUUAGAAAGUUGAACAUUCAUAAAACAUUUAUUCUUUUGCAGAAAGAAUGAUAAAUUUAGUAUUGUGAAGGAGCACCAGGCCAGGAAAACUGUGGGGAUGUGACAGCCCGGUUGAGCCAGAGCACCAAAGGGUGCCCCUGGCCUCAGGACCACUUUCCUCAUCAACAGCUGAGAUAAGCUGGAAUAAUAUAUAACCUCGGUUUCUUAGAGCCUCCUUCAGAUAGAUUUGGGCCAUCUGGCUCCACAUCCAGGAGUUCGUUGCUUGCUGCCUCUCUGAUUUAUGGAAGGGGUUGCUUUGCAGCAGCAUCUUAAUGAAUUAUUUGGCUCUUCUGCUCAUCCCACAGCUUGUGCUUUUCUCCCAGAUAUUUCCAGCGUUCUCCUCGGCAGGAAAAAUUCAUCUCUCUAUUCAGCAAGUCCCCUAUUCCUGCUUUGCUGUGUCAUUUUGAACAUUCUCAUUUCCCACAGCUUUUUUAUAUUAGUAGCAAAGAAGAAUGUUUGAAUACUGUAACUUAUACCGGGAAGGCUUUUUCUGUUAUGUCAACACUGACCCCAGCAGAAAACAAGCGCUUGUGCUGAAAAGUUCCUUGUGGAAAUUGCUGGUAGACAAUGAUGACACCAAUAAAUAUUGCAUUUUCUUUCCUGCCCUGGAUGCCAAAAGUGCACUAAAAAUGUGCAGGCUGUGUAGGGCCAGAUCUCCAGAUGCUGAAGGUCACUGCAGCUCCGUACGCUUCAAAGGAGCGAAUCUACAGCAGCCAGAAAUCCAGCGUUUGAAUUUAAGAUGCUGUCCCUGCAUAAAUGAUGGACUUUUAUGUGUGUUGAUGUAUAAAAAUUAAAAUCCAAGAGUUUUUUUUCACAAAUGUAUAUAAGAAAAUUAGUAAAGUCAUGAAAUACAUGGGAUUCUUGUUCUGUGGUUGGGAUGGAUGGGUGGAUGGAUGGAUGGAUGGAAGCUGGACCCUGCUAAUGGACCCACAUAUUAGUGGCAGCAAAGCCCUAAGGUUGACUGUCUUACAGAUUCAAAGUUUCAGCACCAGGAAUUCGAAAUGAUGAAAUGCUCCAAGAGAAGAGAUUGAUUUAAAUGAUUUGGUUUAAUAUUAUUUUACACCUGCAGUUUUAUCUCCCAGAGAAAUUGUUCUUGUUGGGUGGUAUUAA